CCGUUAUGGUGGUCAGUUCGAAAUAGCGACAUAUCUAUCGUGAAGCUGCUUCUAGAUGAGGAAGAUAUCGACGUUAACAUGAAGAACAAUUAUAAUCAGACUCCUCUCUGGUGGGCGGCGAGAAAUGGGGAUGUUGAAACUGUCAAGCUACUCCUCGCAAGAAAAGAAAUAGACGUCAAC